GAAAAUUUUGAUUACUAGGUGUCAAGCUUGAACACGGCAUUUAUUUAUAUUUCUUCAAUAAGUAAGAUGUAUUCUCGUGAUAGUCGCCGUUUAAAAUAAUGAUUACUGAAAUUUUAGUUUAAUGGAUUGGGAUUUGGGUAUACAUACAUGGAUGGAACUUGGAAGUCUGAACGAAUAAGUGAAUCCAUCGUCAUCAUCAUCCAACUUUAGGUGAUAUAUAUCGUGACAGAGACGCUCGCCGGCCAGACGCGGCGCUAAUCUCCCCUUGAAACGUGGCGCUUCCGACACCCGUCGGCAACUCUUUCAUCUUCCACCCACCUAGACAAGCCCAUCCCACCAUCCAUCCUUAUCUCCCUCUCUUUCUGAUUACCAUACCCACUGAGCCGUCUCUGCUGGUGGCAUCCGGCCCGUAAAAUACGCGGCUAUCCGGACACCGAAAAUUGGAGCUGCAGGCCUGCAUAGAUUCUCUCUGUCCGGUUCCUGCUCCAUUCGCUCGAUUUGAGUUGAGUCCAUUCUACUAGAUAUGACAAGUCUUACUGUCUAAGUCCAAGUCCUGGAUAGGAAAGAUGUGGAAACACGAGUCUUCUGAAAAUCUGAAAAGAAGAGGCUGGAGUUGGUAAUGUAAUCCUGUGAAUAUCAUUUGUACAUAUGAAGGACAUAAGAUCAUGGAGGUCAAUAAUGAAGAAAAGAAGUGACUCAUUUGAAGGGGGAACAUGUGGACUGAAGAUGAAACCGCUUCCAUUUAUGGCAAUAGUUUGUACAGUAAUGCUGUUUAUUGGAUAUAGGACCACUAAUUUUCAAUAUCAGCGGACAGAGAUGGAAUCCAAAUUUGAUCCUUUCUACACCUCAAAGGAUUAUGGUGGUUCUGGCAGUAGAUUGAGUAGUUUGCCUCGUGGUAUCAUAGAAGCUAGAUCUGAUCUUGAGUUGAAGCCUCUGUGGUCAACAAGUAGCUCCAAGUCCAAGGAUAACGUUCCAGGUUCGCAUAACCUGUUGGCAAUACCAGUUGGCAUCAAGCAGAAAGAUAAUGUGGAUGAAAUUGUUCAAAAGUUUCUUUCAGAGAAUUUCACAAUUAUUUUGUUCCAUUAUGAUGGCAAUUUGGAUGGAUGGUGGGACCUAGAUUGGAGUAAGGAGGCCAUUCAUAUAGUUGCCCAGAAUCAAACAAAAUGGUGGUUUGCGAAGCGUUUUCUACAUCCUGCUGUUGUAUCUAUUUAUGAUUACAUAUUCCUAUGGGAUGAAGAUUUGGGUGUAGAGAACUUCCACCCUGGAAGAUAUAUCGAAGUUGUAAAGGCAGGAGGAUUGGAGAUAUCUCAGCCAGCUUUGGACCCCAAUUCAACUGGCAUUCACCACCGGAUAACAAUAAGAAGAAGAACCCGCAAAUUUCACAGAAGAGUAUAUGAGGAUAGAGGCAGUACAAAGUGUUCCGAAGAAAGUGAAGGCCCUCCUUGCAGUGGAUUUGUGGAAGGAAUGGCUCCCGUCUUUUCAAAAUCUGCAUGGCAUUGUGCUUGGCAUCUUAUACAGAAUGAUCUUGUUCAUGGAUGGGGAAUGGACAUGAAGCUUGGCUAUUGUGCACAGGGGGACCGGACAAAAAAAGUUGGCGUUGUUGAUAGUGAAUAUGUAGUCCAUCAGAGCAUCCAAACGUUGGGUGGGCAAUCUUUUAAAAAGGAUUCAAAUCCCCAAGAGCUGCUGAAAAGGCAUGUUGUUGAUGUUAGAUCGGAGAUAAGGCGUCAAUCCACAAAUGAACUACAAGAAUUUAAAGAGCGUUGGGAAGAAGCUGUAAGGGAGGACAAGAGCUGGGUGGAUCCGUAUAAAGAAGGUAGUCAAAUCCAGAAACGUAAGAUCAGGAAAAGGAGGAACCAUAGGCGAAAUAUAAAUCUAUAGACUAACUAUAAUCGUCAGCAGUUUUGUUUUUUAUCGUCGUUCUAGUUUGUUCAACCUCAAUUCAGUUUACCUUGAAGCGUCCACCUGUAAUUUGUAGUGUGUAGGUUGAUCAACUGAACGACACAAUUUGUUUAUUGUUUGACUGUUGGUUUUGCCUGUCAUGGUGUUAUAAUCCCCUUUUGCUCUAAAUUUAUUCAAUGAACCAGUCUGGCUUUUCAAUGGGUGAA